UUAAAGUAAACAAAGCUGAGGCGCUGUCUUCUUCAGCAGUUGAUGUGAUCUUCAACCGGAGGUUUGAAAAUAAUCGCGGCGUCAUCAUCGCCAUCUGUCGGCCUGGGACAGUGUUGCUGUCAUGAUCUGCUACAUGAAAGUCCUCUCGACCCUUCUGUGUUUACUGUUGCUUCACCAAAAUGCAAGCGCAUCUUGUCCACCAGGUCAAAUGUUUAAUCACAAUAAAAAAAGUUGUGAGCCCUGUCCACCAAAACUAUUCUCUGCUAGUGAAAAUCGUUACUGUGACAACUGCAUCGAAUGUAAAAAAGGUAGUAGAGAAGUCAAAAAAUGCACAACUACCUCAGAUGCUGUAUGCAGAUGUAAGGAGGGUUUUACACCUAUUGAUGAACAAAAACAAGAGAUUUGCUUCUGUAAAAAAGGUUUUGGAAUAAACCAAAGAGGAAUAUGCACAGAAUGUACAGCAGGCUUCUUCACAGACAAAGAUGACACGAGUUGUAAAAUAUGGAGAGAGUGUAAAAGUGGGAUAAAGUUCCAAGGCAACAGCACUGCUGAUGUUGUCUGCAAAGAUGCCUCGAUAGAGGAGACAGAAACCCCCAAAACCCCUACUACCCCAAUUCAGACGACCACAAUCUCUUCUACAUCCACUUCAAGAACUACAGUCUCCUCUUCCAACAAAAAAAAAGACUUCUCCAGCUUGUGGCUGGUUAUGGCAUGUGUUGUUGUUAUCCUGCUGGCUGGACUCCUGUACCACAAGUGUAAAGUCACCCACUGUAUUCAUAACCACAAGAAAGUGGAUUUUCGAAAAGGUGGAGUACCCUUAAUUUACCAUACGACCACGUGUGUGUGUGUGUGUGUGUGUGUGUGUGUGUGUGUGUGGCUACUCUCUAUUCACCCUUCCAUUUAUUUUCUCUAGAAAGUGUAUGCAGAAAGCCUGUUGAAGAAUCUGGAGAAAAGUGCCUGUCUUUGCUUGUCUAACACAGUUGUUAAUGGCCACAGUGUUUAUUUUUGUAGAAUAUGUUGUAUGCAUGCGAUAUUAGUUGUUAUAUAACUAGUUAAAUUUCUGUUUAUUGUCAUUACAUUUCUACUAAAUAACAACACUUAAAAGGGAUAGUUCACCGAAAAAUGAAAAUUGUGUCAUAAUUUACUCACCUUCAUGUUGUUCCAAACCUGUAUGAGUUUCUUUCUUCUGUUGAACACAAAAGAAGAUAUUUUGAAGAAUUUUGGUACUAUGGAAGUCGGUGGCUACCAUCAACGUUUUGGGUAGCAACAUUCUUCAAAACAUCUUCUUUUGUUUUCAACAGAAGAAAGAAACUCAUACAGGUCUGGAACAACUUGAGGUUAAGUAAAUGUGGACAAUUUCCAUUUUUGGGUGAACUAUCUCUUUAAAAAAGCGAACAUAAUCAAUGUUUAAUUAUAAUUGUCUUAAAUUGUAGAAGAAACUUUUUUUUUUUUUAUAAUUAAUAUUAUUAUUCAUAUUUUUAAUGUUCUUCAGUGGAUGUUGUCAGAAUGAUGUAAAUGGAGUUAAAAGUACAUUCGGGGUUGUUUAAAACCCCAUUUACACCUGUUUUGGACAACCGGUUUGAAACAUUUGGGUUCCAAAACAAAAUGAGAUUAAUCAUUCAUCCACAUGUGAAGCACUUGUAGUGUAAAUGCUCAUCCAUUUGAAUUCAGAUGGCUAAUUUAAUAUAAGCCGUGAAUUGAUUUCAAUUCAUUACUUUGAGAUAGAUCUACUUUGAAAUCUGCCGAUUAGUGAAUUUGAAAUAAAAUCUUCAGUCGACAGCUGUAGGUAGAUCGAAGGUUGCUGUAACCUUAUUAGAGACAUUUCCAUGUCGCCACAGUUGUUUACCACAGGCAUACCUUGUAGUGACUCAUGAAUUCCUGAGACAAUUAUGACAAAUUAUGCGAGUUUCCCAUAUUUAGGUGGGCUAAGGACAAUGUCUGAGAAUCUUUCCUUUUUGUUUUUUGUUUUUGUGUGUGUAGCCUUAGAUAUAGAAUUAUAAAGAUUUAAUGUUGUUUCUGUGAAAUGGAAAUAAAUGGGUUGCAUAAACCAGUGACAUUUUUGUAGGCAGUAAUAUUUGUAAUAUUUUAUUUUAUGUUUGUUGUCAUUCUGUGCAACGUGUCUGAUUAUAUGGUGUCUAAUUUACAGCUUUAAAUAAAGGACUAAAUCUAAAAUAUUGUUAAUAUUCUCUAGUAUAAAUACCAGGUUAUUUUUGUUAUUGUUGUUAUAUGUAAUAUUUUGUCGCAUUUUUCCUUUUAUUUUUAAUGAUAUUUGUCAAUGAUAAUGACAAUAAUUUUUUUUUAAACUCUGGUUUCAACACUCUGGUCUCAAAACUAAGACUAACAUUUAAAUCAUG